CUCUUCUUUUGUUCUCCAACCGUUUUUUCAUACGUUCAAUACCCCAACACAAUUUAGAAUUUCACAAUGGAGUCCAUUCGAAUCCUCCUUGUCGGAAAUGGUGGUCGGGAGCAUACUUUGGCUUGGAAACUCAGUCAAUCUCCCCGAGUCGAGUCCAUCAUCGCAGUCCCAGGAAAUGGAGGAACUGCAAAUUGUCCAAAAGUUUCCAAUGAUUCCAGUGUCAAGGCUGAUGAUUAUCCGGGACUUGUUGCUUUGGCCAAGAAACAUAAUAUUAACCUGGUAGUACCGGGACCAGAAGCACCCCUCGUUGAUGGAAUCCAAGAUUAUUUCCGUGAGGCAGACAUAGCUUGUUAUGGACCAUCAAAACUUGCCGCGCGUCUGGAGGGAAGCAAAGCAUUUUCGAAAGAUUUCAUGAAGAAGUAUAACAUUCCAACUGCGGCUUACGAGAACUUUACGGACUACGAAGAAGCGCGAAAAUACAUUGAUAGCGUGAACCAUAAUGUUGUCAUUAAAGCUAGUGGAUUGGCGGCUGGAAAGGGUGUUAUUAUUCCAACAUCGAAGGAGGAAGCCCACCAAGGACUCAAGGAUAUUAUGCUUGAUCGAGAAUUUGGGGCUGCUGGAGAUGAGGUUGUCAUCGAGGAAUUCUUGGAGGGCGAUGAGCUCAGCAUUCUUACUUUCUGCGAUGGUUACAACAUGUACUCUUUACCUGCGGCUCAAGAUCAUAAGAGAAUUUUCGACGGUGAUCAGGGUCCAAAUACUGGAGGCAUGGGAUGUUAUGCGCCUAUUCCAAUUGCUACCCAAAAAUUAAUCGAAGAGAUCGAGCGAACUGUAUUGGAGCCCACGCUUCGCGGCAUGAGAAAAGAGCGUACACCUUUCGUCGGAACUCUUUUCACCGGCUUGAUGAUAACCAAGAAUGGACCAAAAACCUUGGAGUACAAUGUUCGUUUCGGUGAUCCAGAAACACAGACUUUGUUACCAUUGCUGAGUGACGAUACCGAUCUUGCAGAGAUCAUGCUUCUCUGUACUCAGGGGUCCCUCGACGAAGCGAAGAUCAAGAUUGAUCAAAAAUUCAGUGCGACGGUUGUGGUAGCUGCUGGUGGAUACCCAGGCUCAUACGCCAAAGGCACACCCAUGGAAGUCAGCACACCUCCGGCAGGUUCCAAUAUAUUCCAUGCUGGUACCGUGGUGAAGGAUGGUCAGUUACAAACAUCUGGUGGACGUGUCAUCGCAGCACAAGCUGUUGCAGAAACUCUCGAGCAGGCCGUAAAGGAUGCUUAUACUACUGUCGAUCUCAUCAAGUUCGAUAAAAUGUUCUACCGCAAGGAUAUUGCUCAUCGGGCAUUCAGGUCUUCAUCUGCUACAAAGGAAGCACUUACAUAUGCAUCCGCAGGUGUUAGCAUUGAUGCUGGUAAUAACUUUGUCGAACGUAUUAGAAAAGCAGUUCUUUCUACCCGAAGACCAGGAGCCGAUGCUGAAAUCGGUGGGUUCGGUGGAGAGAUUGAUUUGGAAGCUGCUGGUUAUGCGGGUGCCCCAACUGUAGUUAUGUGCAUUGAUGGGAUUGGCACCAAACUUGCCAUUGCACAAGCUAUGGAGAAGCAUGACACAGUUGGUAUUGAUUUGGUCGCGAUGAACGUAAAUGAUUUGAUUGUUGCAGGCGCUGAACCGCUUGGAUUCGUCGACUACUAUGGCUGCAGUCAAUUGAAGCUUAAGAACGCAGCAGAUUUCGUAGAAGGUGUUGCUAACGGGUGCAAAGAUGCCAACAGUGCACUCGUUGGUGGUGAAACUGCUGAAAUGCCUGGUAUGUACCAAGGAGAUGAUUAUGAUGCUGCAGGUUGCGCCAUGGGAGUUGUAAAGAAGGAGAACAGAUUACCAAGGACAGAUUUGAUGGCAGAAGGUGAUGUCCUUAUUGGCUUGGCAUCUGCGGGAGUUCACUCCAAUGGAUUCUCUCUCGUGCGAAAAAUUAUUGCGAGAGAAGGUCUCUCCUAUAAAGAAGACAAGUGCCCAUGGGAUCCUUCCACCACCGUUGGUGAAAAUCUUUUAACGCCUACUCGCGUUUACGUUCGCUCCCUGAAACCAGUGGUCCAGAAGCAUUUGGUCACUGGCUUGGCCCACAUCACUGGUGGUGGCUUGACUGAAAAUGUUCCUAGAAUGUUGCCAUCUCAUCUAGCUGCCGAGAUCGAUGUCGCUACUUGGCAAUUACCGGAUGUGUUCAAGUGGUUGAAGAACGCAGGUAAUGUCGAAGCUAGCGAGAUGGCUAGAGCCUUCAACACGGGUAUUGGAAUGGUAGCAGUAGUUAAAAAGGAGAAUGUAGAGCAGGUUGUGAGAGAAUUGGAGGAGUCGGGUGAGAAGGUUUAUACUAUUGGAAAAUUGAUCAAGAGAUCAGAAGUACCCUGCUCCUCUGCGAACAUUGGCCCCGGCUUCGAUGUUAUCGGGCUCGCUCUUUCCAUAUGGCUCGAGUUACAUGUCGAUGUCGAUACCGCGGUGACGUCGCACGCACCGCUCAAUUGCAAAAUCACAUAUGAAGGACAGGGCGCGGAAGAGGUUCCGUUGACGGCGGAUAGCAAUCUGAUUACGCGCACUGCGUUGUAUGUUUUGCGCUGUCACGGCCAGAGAAGCUUUCCUUCCGAAACGUCAGUUCACAUUAUCAAUCCUAUUCCGUUGGGACGCGGACUCGGAUCAUCGGGGGCGGCAGUCGUAGCUGGUGUUGCGCUGGCCAAUGAAGUUGGGAAGCUGAAAUUGUCGAAGGCGAGGAUGUUGGAUUAUUGUCUCAUGAUCGAACGCCAUCCAGACAACGUAGCCGCAGCAUUGUACGGAGGAUUUGUUGGAACGUACCUCAACGAACUGAGCGCCGAAGACACAGAACGCAAAGAGAUUCCGCUCAGCGAAGUGCUCCCUGAACCUGCCGGAGGAGUAGAUACUGGAUCCAAUCCUCCCGAACCACCAGUUGGAAUUGGUCAUUACAUGAAGUUUCCCUGGGCUCCCGAAAUUAAAGCCAUUGCCAUCAUUCCACAAUUCGAAGUCGCAACCGCAAAAGCGAGAAGUGUUCUGCCCUCUUCGUAUUCCAGGUCAGAUGUAGUAUUCAAUCUUCAAAGAAUUGCUCUUCUGCCUUCAGCGCUUGGAAGAUCACCACCGGAUGCAGAACAAAUCUAUCUCGCGAUGCAAGACAAAGUACAUCAACCUUACAGAAAGGGUUUGAUACCAGGUCUCCCUGAGAUCUUACAAUCUGUCACUCCUAAAUCUCAUCCCGGGCUGUGUGGAAUCUGUUUAUCUGGAGCCGGUCCAACUAUUCUUGCGCUUGCAACAGAAAACUUUGAUGCAAUUGCGAAUGUCAUUUUAGAUACUUUUGCGAAGAAUGAUAUCAAAUGCGAUUGGAAAUUGUUGGAACCUGCGCAAGACGGAACAACUGUUACAUACAGCUGA